AUGGCCAGUAAGUCGUCCGCAGUGGCUGACCAGGAGCCCAUCGAGGUCCUCGUCGCACUGCAUGACAAGUUCGAGCUUCUGGACUUUGCCGGUCCAGUCGAGACCCUCACUCAUGCUCUCCAUGAUAUCAAAGACUCAGCGUCUGUUGCUUUCGACAUUACCAUCGCAGCUGCCGAGCCAAAGGUCAUGUCCACCCAGGGCGUCAUCAUUGGCUCCCAGUGCUCCUUCAAGGAGGCCUACGACCGCCUCAAUGACUUUGAUGUCCUCAUUGUUGUCGGUGGUGGCAGCGAGGAGGUCCUGAAGAACAAGGCUGAGCCCCUCGGCCUCAUCUCUGCCUACUCUGAGCUCCAGAAGAACGAUCCCACUCGCGAGCGAACCCUCCUGUCAGUCUGCACUGGCUCCCUUUUCCUCGCCCAGGCCGGCAUCCUCUCCGGUCUCUCCGCCACUACACAUCCCGACUACCUCACCAAGUUUGAGAUCCUCUGCAGCCAGGCCGCCACCCAGAACCUGGCCGAGCGUACAGACGUUGUCGAGGACGCCCGAUACGUCGUCAACAACCUCCGCUUCGACAUCGGAGACGAGGACGAGAACCCCUACAUCCGUCGCAAGUCCGAGGCUCGACGGCCCUCCAAUGCCCGAAAAGGCAGCAUGUCCUUCAAGGGCUCCAACAACCGCCGCGAGUCAAUUGCUCGUCGCGCGGCGAUGCGCCUUGGUGGCCUGCGUGUCAUCACGGCGGGGGGAGUUAGCGCUGGCAUAGAUGCAACUUUGUAUCUGGUCAGCGCUAUGGUCUCCGAUGAGGCGGCGGAGGAGGCGGCGCGUGUGAUGCAGUGGACCUGGACCAAGGGCCUUGUCGUCGACGGCCUGGAUGUCUAA